AUGGCCUUCUUCCUCCUGUGCUUGUGGGCACUGUUCCUCGCAGUUCUCGCCUGCUAUGUCAAACAACUCGUCACAGACACUCGGCGCCACCUUCCCCCCGGGCCAUGGCCGCUGCCAAUCAUCGGCAGCAUCCUCCACAUGAGCAAGCUCCCGCACCGCUCCUUGGCGCGCCUCGCCGAGCGCUACGGCUCGCCCAUGACGCUCCGACUCGGCAUGUCGCUCUUCAUCGUCGUGUCAUCGCCGUCGACAGCGCGAGAGGUCCUCCAGACGCACAACGCCAGCCUCUCCGGCCGCAACCCGGCCAACGCGUGGAGCGCCGGCGGCCACGGCGCCAACGCCGUCUUCGUUCUCCAGCCGGGCCGCAAGUGGCACACGCUGCGGAGGCUCGCAGUGGCGCAGCUGUUCUCGCCGCGGCGGCUCGACGAGCUGCAGCCGCUGAGGCAGCACGUCGUCAGCCGCCUCCUCGGCGACGUGUCGGAGGCGGCGUCCGGCGGCGCUCCCGUGAGCGUCCGGCGCGCGGCAUUCACCGCCAUGGCGCGGCUGCUGUGGCGCGCCAUGUUCUCUCACGAGCUCGACGAGGCCGCGUCGUCACAGGGGCUCUACGACUGCGUGCGGGGAAUCAUGUCGCUGGUAAUGACGCCCAACGUCUCCGACCUGUUCCCGGCGGUGGCCGCCGCCGACCUUAGGGCGUACGGCGCCGGAUGUGAAAGCGAUCGGUUGCUCUAG